CAACAUCCACAGACCAGAGCACCAGCUGCACAUGGUGCAUGUGCCUGAGUACAUCGGGGAUGCAUCCAAGAUCAUGUCUUCUAGCAGACUUCAAGAGCAGUCGGAGGCCAUACGAGAUAAGACCGAGAGGUUAAAGGGCAACUAUCUAGAAUGGUCGUUUGUUCACGGGCUGCCAGAGGCCAAGUUCGCCAGUCCACAGGGCAGCGAGACCUGGCAGGAGAUCAUUAACUAUGCAGAGAAGGUGGGGGCGGGGCUUAUUGUGAUUGGCAGCAGGAGUCAGGGCAAACUCAAGAGGACCAUUUUAGGGAGUGUUAGUGACAGUGUCCUACACCAUUCCAACGUGCCUGUCCUAGUGUGCCGCAGCAAGGAUCCGAACCCUGUCAUCAUCAGCCACUGAAGCCUCCAUUCAACGCAUUUCUUUUUUUUUUUUUUACAUUUCUUAAUUUUUAACAUUAAUGUGAUAAUUAGAUCUAUAAAAAUAUUUAAAAUAUAUAUGUAUAGCAAAAAAAAAUCACCAAUAAAGAAAAAAAAUAUUGGCAGACGAUUUUUUUUUCACGUCUGCAAGAGAUGUUAUUUUUAGACUUCUGUUAUUAGAAAUGACAGUAGUUGUUGCUUUAGUUGAAAAGUUGGUUUGGGAUAUUGGACGCUGGCCUAAGCUGUAUGAGCCUUUAUGUCAAGAUUAGUGCUGACCAAUGGGGUAAGGUCAAGCAAAAGUCGCUGACCAAUGUGGUAAGGACAAGCAAGGGUCCUUGUAAUUUUUGAAUCUGUCACGUGAGAUAUAGAAGGGCGAGGGGAGAUAGCAGGUAUUGUGGGGGUUGUGUUA